AUGGUACAAUUCAUCAUACGUGCGUCCAACGACCUCAAGAUCCCAAUAGACGUAGAUGCCGAGAAGACGGUGCUGGAGCUGAAGCACCACGUGCAGACGCUCAACGCCGAGUAUCCGGCUGAACGCCUUCGACUCAUCUACUCGGGCAAAGUGCUUAAGGACGAGGAGCAGUUGAGCAAGUACAGCAUCGCAGAAGGCAACACGGUGCACAUGGUGAAGGGCGCGCCAAAAUCUACGCCCUCAUCGUCAUCAGCCCAGCCAGCCACCGCGGCGCCAACUCCUGAACAGAACGGUAUUCCAUCCACGCUGUCCACCGGGGCUGGAGCCCACGACAGUCUAAUCGAGCAGCUGGGAUCGUCCAGAGUGGCGGGAGCACUCAACAGCCAAGGCAUUGAUGUAACCAACCCCAAUAUGUUGCAGGAUCUUAUGAGCAGUCCCGAGUUCUCCAACCAAAUGUCGAGAAUGAUGAGCGAUCCUUCCAUGCUCGAUCAGGUGUUGAAUUCCCCUCAAUUCGCUAGUCUCCCAGCUGACAGACGUGAGCACAUGCGUCAGACUAUGCAAUCACCUUUCUUCAGAUCUAUGAUGUCGAAUCCUGAGACGAUACGCGCAAUGAUGCAGGCGCAGAGGGCAUUUGGCGGUGGAGAUGGCGCCGGCGGACAAGGCUUUCCACCACCAGGAUCAUUGGGACAGCAGCCAAACGCACAAGGUGAACAGCAGCAACAGCAGCAACAGGAUCCAAUGGCUGGUAUACAGAAUCUCCAGAAUUUACUCGGCGGCGCAGGCGGAUUAGGUGGUUUGGGUGGUCUUGGAGGUAUGGGUGGUUUCGGAGGUUUCGGCCAGCCAUCUCAGAACACAGACCAAAGACCGCCAGAGGAGAGAUACGAGACACAGCUUUCACAAUUGACAGGUAUGGGAUUCACAGACGCAAACAAGAAUAUCAGAGCUCUGAUGGCGACUGGUGGAGACAUCAAUGCGGCAGUUGAAUACCUUUUUACUAAUUUGUAA